CAGGGCGCCAAACAGGCUAGGACCACCACUGACCACCACAGUGACACUGGAACAGAGAGCCUGGCGAGCAGUCACAGUACUGCUGAAAUACUCUUUGACAUCACUGAGUCACAGGAGGAGGAGGAGGUGCUCAGUGAGCAGCAUGGACAUGAGUCCUUCACAGGGACAGCUCAGAGUCACAGAGGUUGAGCAGGUUUGAGCAUGUGCAGAGGAUGGAGGGUGGAGGCUGAAGAUGGAGCUGCCAGGCGGGCGGAGGAGAGGAAGAUCUGAGAGGAGGCUCAUGAUGUAGUGAAGAAGAAGAGGAGGAGUCGCCGCCCUGCUGGCCAGCAGAGAGAAUGCAGAAAAGCAGGGGCAGCUUCACCGAUGACGUCAACCGCUCCAGAAACGUCAUCUCCCAGAGUUCACAGCGCUGUCGCAUACCGGCACAUGCGCGUCCAGGCGGUGUUCGGGGUCGGCUAUCAUGGCGACGUACGUGGACAUCCUGAAGAGCGAGUUUCCUGAGAUCGACGCGGAGCUGUUCGACUACAUCACAGGUGUUCUGGAUGGCGGCGGAGCAGAUUUCGAGGACAGCGAGGAGGUUUACGAAGCGGUCGGAGGCGUGCUGCAGGAGGUGUCAGCUGACAGUAAAAACGAGGACGACAUCCGAGACAUCUGUCUGCAGAUGUUCAACACGCUGAAACUGAACCACCACCGCGGCGCUCAGAGGCAGGUGCUGCUGGACGCUCCCGUGCAGCUCUCCCAGAUCUCUGCAGACAGCAUUUCUGCAGCCAAAGACGCUGAGGGCAUCUGGAUGAUGAGACGUGCUCAGAACACGACAGUCGACGCCAAGAAGCUGGAGAAAGCCGAGGCCAAGCUGAAAGCCAAACACGAGCGCAGGAGCGAGAAGGACUCCCAGAAGGCCUCCGGCCCACUAGUCCUAGAGGAGGCGUCGGCCAGUCAGGCCAGCAGUAAGAAGGACAGCCGAGUCGACCAAUCGGGGAAGAACCGCAGCUACGACAUCCGCAUCGAGAACUUUGACGUGUCCUUCGGAGAGAGAUGUCUGCUGCAAGCGGAGCUGAGUCUGGCAUCGGGCCGGCGGUACGGCCUGAUCGGCCGCAACGGCCUGGGGAAGACGACGCUGCUGAAGAUGCUGGCGAGUCGCAGUCUCCGUGUCCCGGCUCACAUUUCCAUCCUGCACGUGGAGCAGGAAGUGGCGGGGAACGAGACGUCGGCGCUGCAGAGCGUCCUGGAGAGCGACACGGUGCGAGAGGACCUGCUGGGAGAGGAGAGGAGGCUGAACGCACGCAUCGCCAACGGAAUUGCCGACGGGAUGGAGAGUGUGCGGCUGUCCGAGAUCUACGGAAAGUUGGAGGAGAUCGAAGCUGACAAAGCGCCGGCCCGAGCCUCCGUCAUCCUGGCUGGUCUUGGAUUUUCUCCCAGAAUGCAACAGCAGGCCACAAAGGAGUUCUCUGGAGGUUGGAGGAUGAGACUGGCACUGGCCAGAGCUCUGUUUGCUCGGCCCGACCUCCUGCUGCUUGAUGAGCCCACUAACAUGUUGGACGUCAGAGCCAUUCUGUGGUUGGAGAACUACCUGCAGACCUGGCAGUCCACCAUCCUGGUCGUCUCCCACGACAGAAACUUCCUGAAUGCUGUGGUUACAGACAUCAUCCACCUGCACUCCCAGAGGCUUGACAGUUACCGCGGCAACUACGAAAACUUUAUUAAAACCAAAGAGGACCGACUGAAGAAUCAGCAGAGAGAGUACGAGGCCCAGCUGCAGUACAGACAGCACAUACAGGUUUUCAUCGACAGAUUUCGGUACAACGCUAACCGAGCAGCUCAGGUGCAGAGUAAACUCAAACUCCUGGAGAAGCUACCUGAGCUGAAGCCCAUCGAGAAGGAAACUGAGGUCACGCUCAGGUUUCCAGAUAACUUUGAGAAGUUGUCUCCGCCCAUCCUGCAGCUGGAUGAAGUCGAGUUUUACUACAGUAAAGACCAGCCGCUGUUCUCCGGACUCAACCUGUCAGCUGACCUCGACUCUCGGAUUUGCAUCGUCGGUGAAAACGGCGCUGGUAAAACCACCGUUCUCAAGCUGCUGAUGGGCGAGUUGACACCGGUCAACGGAGUCAGGCAAGCUCACAGGAACUUGAAGAUCGGUUACUUCAGUCAGCACCACGUGGACCAGCUGGACCUGAACGUCUGCUCUGUGGAGCUGCUGCUCAACAAGUUCCCCGGUCGGACUGAGGAGGAGUACCGCCACCAGCUGGGAGGUUACGGUAUCACGGGAGAGCUGGCCACGAGGCCGGUGGCCAGCCUAUCAGGAGGACAGAAGAGCCGCGUGGCCUUCGCUCAGAUGACCAUGCCAUGCCCAAACUUCUACAUCCUGGAUGAGCCGACCAAUCACCUGGACAUGGAGACAAUCGAGGCGCUCGCUAAGGCUCUGAACAAAUUCAAGGGCGGGGUCAUCCUGGUGUCACAUGACGAGCGUCUGAUCAGGAUGGUGUGUAAGGAGCUGUGGGUGUGUGAAGGCGGGAAGGUGGGGCGCAUCGACGGCGGGUUCGAUGAGUACCGGGACAUCCUGCACGAGCAGUUCAAGAAGGAGGGUUACCUGUGAUGCUCCACCCACUGCUGACUGACUGUACCCACCACUGACAUAAACACGCCCCCCCCCCCCCCCAUUAUGAUGUGUCGCAGCAGCCAAUCAGCAUCUAGAGCGGACCGGAGGACUUUUUCUUCUUUGAACUCUCACCUGCUGUUCAGGUGAUCUGCUGCAAGCUGAUUGGCUGUUUUUGGUCCCGUGGUGAGGUCACAGUGAACUCUGCGGGGGGAGGGGUCACCCGGAGCGACUCGGCGUUUAUUUAACGAGUGAACCUGUCGUCUGUCUGUCGUCUCAGCUGAUUGUGUUUUGUAUGGCGGCGCAUUUCUGCGAGCUGAUGUCACAGUGACAUCAGAGACGAAACCAAUAAAAGAAUCAUAUCACG